GCCCCUCAGCUGAGCACGUGUUUGCUCGCAGCAAGCGGUCUGUGUGCUUCAGUCAGAAUCAGUGCGUGUGUGAGGAGUGAAGAGACAGAGAUGAGCAGAGAGAAGUGGAGGACCAGACAACAACAACAACAACUACACACUCCAUCCGACACUGAUAUCCUGGCGUGUGGAUCAGACAUGAAUCAUGGAGCCAUGAAGAAGAUCAGCUCCAUGUUCUCGACGCUUCAGGAGAAACUCCACAGAACCAAGCGGAGCGCCUCUGACCCCGGACCGCUGCAGACGCCGGCCGCGACGCCUCCGUCCCGACGAGAGCGCAGUCACAUGGGCCAGCUGUUCUUCGAGUACCUGCUGGUGGUUAGUCUGAAGAAGAGGAGGAACGAGGACGGAUACGAGCCCCACAUCACGUACCAGUUCCCCAAGCGUGAGGUGAUGGGGCGACUGCAGCGAGAGGAAGAGGAGAAGUGCAUGAAGGCCGCUCAUCUCUUCUGCUUUCCAGAGGGAAUCAACUGGGCGCCUCUGACCGAGUACAGCAGCGAGACGUUCUCGUUCGUUCUGACCGAGGUGGACGGCAGCAGGAGGAACGGCUACUGCAGGAGGCUGCUGCCGGGCGGCAGCGGCGCUCGUGUUCCCGAAGCGUACUGCAUCAUCAGCCGCGUGGCGUGUUUCGGACUCUUCUCAAAGAUCUUUGACGAGGUGGAGAAGCGCAGGCAGAUCUCCAAAGCCAUGAUCUAUCCGUUCAUGCAGAGCCUGCGGGAAGCGCCGCUGCCAGCGCCGGGAAACACCGUGAAGAUCAGCAGCUUCAUCCCGGAGGCGGGAACAGAGAUCAUCAGUCUGACGCGGCCCGCCGACUCCUGGCUGGAACACGUGGAUUUCCGGUCGCUCUUCCGCUGCCUGACGGAUGAGGAGGUGCUGCUGGUGUUCACCGCCGCUGUGAUGGAGCGACGAAUCAUCUUCAUCUCAGAGGAGCUCAGCACUCUCUCUCAGGUUCUUCACGCUGUAGCUGCUCUCCUGUAUCCGUUCGUGUGGCAGCACACCUUCAUAUCGAUCGUUCCUACCGUUCUGAUCGACGUGUGUGCGGCACCGACGCCGUACCUGCUGGGAGUCCAGAAGAACAUGCUGGAGCUGCUGACGGACCACAGCGACGUGAUGAUUGUUGAUCUGUCGGCUGGAGCAGAAACUAGAUUCAUCACAAGAAUCGGCGAUGAGGAGUCACUCCUGCCGGCUAAACUGAGAGAGGGGCUGCUGAUGGGACUGUCCGCGCGCACACGCCAUGCCACUACAGACGAGCUGAACCGGCUGGUGUCAGAGACCUUCCUGUCCGUCUUCAUCAAGAGCGUGGGCCAUUUCUCAGAACACAUCAAGCGCUGCGGGAACGGCCGCCAGUUCCAGAAGAAGAGCUUCCUGAAGGCUGUGGAGCACAAAUCGCACCUGAACUUCGUCAAACUCUUCAUCCAGACACAGAUGUUCGAUCUCUUCAUACAGGAAGAGGAAAUGCAACCCAAUCCUAAUGGGUUCUUUCAUCGGAAGGUGUCGGAGUAUCACGAGAGGAGGAAGAAGGAGAAGACGAAGGCCGGAUGGGUGCGAGGUGUGGUGGUGUAAGCGCUUCAGGGCGUUGGUGUUCAUUCACGGUUACGCUUUUAUCAGACAAUCAGUGGUGAAUAUUUAAUGCUGUUUAUUUGUGUUGUUUUAAUGUAAUAAAAUAUAAAGUGAAGUGAUACAGAGGCUGAGUGAAUCACGUAUUUCACCUCAUUAAAAGAACAAAGAUAGAAAACUAUAUUAUAGUAUUAUACAAAUCAAAGCCUGUUUUAGGAGGUAUUUUGCAUUGUGACAUUAUUUUCAUGCCAAUUAAACAUUUAACCUGUAA